AAUGUCGGAAGUCCCGCCCACCCCCGACAACGGAAGUCCGGUCUGCCGAGUCUCCACGUUUCCUCGUGCUUUCCACCGCCGGCAUGGCGCACUAUAACUUUAAGAAGAUUACGGUGGUGCCGUCUGCCAAGGACUUUAUUGACCUGACAUUAUCCAAGACUCAACGAAAGACUCCAACAGUUAUUCAUAAGCAUUAUCAAAUUCAUCGAAUUCGACAUUUUUAUAUGAGAAAAGUCAAAUUUACUCAGCAGAAUUACCAUGACAGACUGUCACAGAUUUUGACAGAUUUCCCCAAAUUGGAUGAUAUCCAUCCAUUUUACGCUGACUUGAUGAAUAUCCUCUAUGACAAGGAUCAUUACAAGUUGGCUCUAGGUCAAAUAAAUAUUGCCAAAAAUUUGGUGGACAAUGUUGCCAAAGAUUAUGUGCGGCUUAUGAAAUAUGGUGACUCUCUGUACCGCUGCAAGCAGCUGAAGCGUGCUGCCCUUGGGCGCAUGUGUACUAUUAUCAAGAGACAGAGGCAGAGUUUGGAGUAUUUGGAACAAGUACGUCAACAUUUAUCCCGCUUGCCAACCAUUGAUCCAAAUACAAGGACUCUGCUUUUGUGUGGGUAUCCAAAUGUUGGGAAAUCCAGCUUCAUCAAUAAGGUGACAAGAGCAGAUGUAGAUGUUCAGCCCUAUGCAUUUACCACCAAAUCUCUGUUUGUUGGGCACAUGGACUAUAAGUAUCUGCGCUGGCAGGUUGUAGAUACCCCAGGGAUUUUGGAUCAUCCUUUGGAGGAUCGGAACACCAUUGAAAUGCAGGCUAUCACAGCCCUGGCCCAUCUCCGAGCUGCAGUUCUGUAUGUGAUGGAUUUGUCUGAGCAGUGUGGACAUGGGUUGAAGGAGCAGCUAGAACUCUUCCAGAAUAUCAGACCUCUGUUUAUCAACAAGCCUCUUAUUGUUGUAGCAAACAAAUGUGAUGUGAAGAGAAUAGCCGAGCUUUCUGAAGAAGAUCAGAAAAUAUUUAUGGACUUGCAGACUGAAGGAUUCCCUGUCAUUGAGACCAGUACCCUGACUGAGGAAGGUGUCAUCCAGGUUAAAACAGAGGCUUGUGAUAGGCUUUUGGCUCAUCGAGUAGAAACGAAAAUGAAAGGAAAUAAAGUGAAUGAGGUUCUGAACAGAUUGCAUUUAGCUCUGCCAAACAAGAGAGAUGAUAAGGAGAGACCUCCUUUCAUCCCAGAAGGAGUGGUGGCUCGAAGGAAAAGAAUGGAGAUUGCAGAGCCCAGGAAGAAGAGAGAACGAGAUCUUGAGCUGGAAAUGGGAGAUGAUUAUAUUUUGGAUCUUCAGAAAUACUGGGACUUAAUGAAUUCAUCCGAGAAAUAUGAUAAGAUACCGGAGAUCUGGGAAGGCCAUAACGUUGCUGAUUAUAUCGAUCCUGCUAUCAUGAAGAAAUUGGAAGAGUUAGAAAAGGAAGAAGAGCUAAGAACAGCUGCUGGGGAGUAUGACAGUGACUCUGAAAGUGAAGAUGAAGAAAUGAUGGAAAUCCGACAGCUGGCAAAACAAAUUAGAGAGAAAAAGAAGUUGAAAAUUCUACAGUCCAAAGAGAAGAAUACACAGGGACCCAGGAUGCCCCGAACUGCUAAGAAGGUUCAGCGAGCAGACUUGGAGAAUGAGAUGCGGAGUCUUGGUGUUAACAUGGAUGAUAAAGACAAUGCCCACUAUGCAGUCCAAGCAAGAUCUCGGAGUGUCACUAGGAAAAGAAAACGAGAAGAGUCUGUUCCACCUUCUUCUAUAGCCCGUAGUCGGAGUUGCUCUCGAACUCCACGUGAUGUUUCUGGUCUUCGGGAUGUCAAGAUGGUGAAGAAAGCCAAGACUAUGAUGAAGAAAGCCCAGAAGAAGAUGAACCGCUUGGGGAAGAAAGGGGAAGCAGACAGGCAUGUGUUCGAUAUGAAGCCUAAGCACUUACUCUCUGGGAAGAGGAAAGCUGGCAAAAAGGACAGGAGAUAGUGUCCUCUGCAGUUGGUGUGCUUUGGCUGGACUCUUGUUUAUUUCUGCGUAUGGUAAGGUGUGCCUUAUAAAAUCUGGAAUCACCAUCUGUUAACUGAAAGAAACUAUGGAAAAGACUUAAAAGUGCUUGCUGCUUUGCUGAAAACUGGUAAACUUGAUUAGGUGUGCAGUGUAUUGGUCACUGCAUAAUUCAGGUGUCUAAGUAUGGAGCGUCUACAGUACUAAUUUUGCAGGAAAGGUUUAUGGUAGUUGGGCAGUAGUGGUACACGUACACACCUUUAAUCCUAGCACUCAAGAGGCAGAGGCCAGUUUGAGGCCAGCCUGGGCUGCAGAGUGGGUUCAAGGCCAGCAAGCUCUACACAUAGAAACCCUUUCCCAGAACAAAUAAAUAAAUAAAAAGGUAAAGAUUUAUUGGUCUAAGUAGGCUGCUUUUGGUGGAGAACAAACUUUGUUUUGUAGUGGAACUUUUGUUAGUAUUCAGGUACCUCUAUUGCUCUGCCUUUGGGAUCCUGACAGUUUGUGUUCUCAGCUACAGCCAAUAAGAGCACCUCUGUGCACAUUCGCUGUGUUCCCUUUUCAGAGGUGGGUCCUGCCCAGUUCUCAUCUUUCUCUUUCCCCAAUCCCACUUUUUCUCCUCCGCCACUCUUGUCCCCAGGUACCAGUUUCUGCUCCCCUUUUGUCCUUUUUUCUGCCCCUUCUCUUUCCUCUAACAAAAAAACUCCCAUGUGAACCCCGUUGUGUGGUGUGACUCCUUCCCAUCAUUUUUUAAAUUUUAACAACUUUACUUUGUUAUCCAGAGUACCUAUUUUUUUGUGAAGAAAGCAUCUCCACUGGAAGGUGUAGGCAGAAGGCUACCAGCCUUUCUGAGGACCAGGGAACCAGCACAUUUAGGAGUGUGUGAGAACUAAAGUUACUCUCUUAAAUUAUUUUCUAGACCUUCAGCUCAAUGUAUGAUUGUAACUUCAACCAUUUUAUUCAAAUAAACUUCCAGCAAAAAUUA